CCCCACCGCGCCUGCGCGCCCCCGCCUCCCCACUGCGCCAUAGCAACGGCGCGCCGUAGUAUGUCGCUGCCCGAGCCUUUGAGGAGGCGGCUGGGCUCCUUCAGCCGCACCGUCUUCACCGACAGCCACCGCACCCGCCCGCAGUACCCGGGCGACGGCGCAGAUAAUGAAAUAGUUUCCAGUUUACCACUGCAGAUGUCUCUCUAUUUCAACGUUUAUUUUUUCCCAUUUUGGUGGCUCAGCACCAUUAUCACGCUCUAUCUGAAGUAUCCAGUCUUACCAGAUUACUACAAGUUCAUCCUGGUCACAAUCAUGAUCCUAGCCUCUCUAAUCGAGGUCAUUCGACUCUACCUGGGGUACAUGGGCAAUCUGCAGGAGAAGGUCCCUGAGCUGGCUGGGUUUUGGCUACUGAGUCUGCUCCUGCAGUUUCCUAUAAUUCUUUUCUUGCUAUUCAGUGAAGGUCUGAAAAUUCAGCCACUGGAGCGAGCAGUCCAUAUUGUCUUUGCCCUCUUCCUCACCUUCCAAGUUAUUGCAGCAUUUGUCACCCUGAAAAGAAUGGUAAACAAACUGGCAACUCACUUCCACCUUAAUGAAUUUGACCAGCUGGAGGAACAUCCUGCACCUGAUUUUUACAGCCUGCGUAAAGAAAGCCGUUUCCAUGGCUGGUACGGGCCUGUGCCAAGGAGGUUCACUCAACAAGUGCAGGCUGGGGGUCACACACUGAGGGCCUGAGAAGCUAACAGAGGCAGGCCUCGUGUUGCUACAGCUCUGUUUCCAUUUUGUUGGGUUAUUCUUUACCUUUCUACAUCAGAGGUAUGAAGACUAGGUCUUGCUUAAGAGACCUCAGAGAUCCGAGUUCCACUCUGCAAGAAAAAAAAAAAAACAACAAACCACGAAGCCAAUUACAUAAGUGGCUUAAGUGAACUAUUUGUGGACUGUUACUGCAUAGAGUACCAGAGUAGGUUUGGUGGGUUUUACAUUUUACAAAGUCAUGGUGUUUUUAAAAAUACAGAAGACUUUACUCACUGUUUGCACAGAAUUGUUUUUUUUACAAUAAAUCUUUUAUACAUGUU